AGCAGCUGCAGAAAUAGCCCCAUUUGCAUGUAUGAAUGAAGGUCUGAAAUUCUAGCGACGAUAAAAAGGAUUGAAAGGUCAUUUUCCCAAAAGCAAGAUAAAUGCCCCCAAAAAWUAAAACAGCAGAAGAAAGCGAAUUUGAACCAGAAUGCAAGCGAAGCCGGCCCGACCUCGAAAACGAAGGUGAUUUGAAAAUCGCCGAUGAGAUCUCACCAAAAAAGGCAGACAAUGGCUCGACCGAGGAGAAUUCUGUUUCAGAACAGAACUCUAAAGCUGAAUCAGGAAAUAAGAAGACAAAAGAAGAAAAGUGUGGUGCUUUAUUGCUGUGUGGAGGGACUAACUGGGACUUAGCUGGGAGAAAAGAGUUGCCCAAAUCAGCMAAAAAUCUUGGUGGACCCAAUUUAUGGGAACCUCAUGUCAUUUCAACAUUAUCUGGCAUWAGRAUACGRCAUGUUGCAUCUGGUCCUUCYGCUUGUCAUAGUGUGAUUAUUACCGAGAGUGGAACUGCUAUGAGUUUUGGCCGUAAUGACAAAGGUCAACUAGGGCAUGGUACCACUGACCGCUGUGAUAAACCAAAAAUUAUUGAGAGAUUGAAGUAUUACAAUAUAACCCAGGCCAGUUGUGGAAAAGGUCACACUCUAGUUCUUACUGAUGAUGGAAGAGUGUUUGGCUUUGGUGAGAAUAGACUUGCACAACUUGGACAAGGUCACCAAAAAGCUGUUUUACCCCACCCUAUGCAGGUUAUGCAUCCUAACAAUAAAACAGUCAUCAAAGUGGCCUGCGGUGCUGAAUUUAGCAUGUUCGUUGAUGAAGAAAACAAUCUCUUCUCAUUUGGAAGUCCUGAACAUGGCCAACUAGGUCACAACACAGAUGGGCAGUACAUUGUAGCAUCAAAUAAACUUGGUUAUCAGUGUGAACUUCUACCAAGAAAGCUCAACGUUUUUGUUGAGCGGAAUAGAGAGGGUUUUGUCAACGUUGUUGAAAAUGUUAAAGUGGUUGACUUGGCCUGUGGAAACCAUCACUCGAUGAUUCGAGAUAGCCAAGGGCGUGUCUUUACAUGGGGGUUUGGUGGUUAUGGCCGACUGGGGCACCAACAACCCAAAGAUGAGCAUGUACCUCGUCUGCUUGCAUUCUUCAAUAACAGAGGUAGCUAG